AUGCAGGAGCCUCAGAAUCCAGCCACGCCAGCGGAUGACCCGACGUCGGAAUAUGGAGAUGACCAUUCCGAGCAUUCGUCGCUGGCCUCUCUGAGAUCGAGUAUCCUCGAGCAUCAAGCUGAGAAUGGACGGACGUAUCAUUCCAUGAGCUCGGGAAAGUAUAGCUUCCCCAAUGAUGAGGUGAGCAACAAACUGAUCCCGGGCCUGAUGCUAUUCUAA